AUGAUAAUUAAAACCAUAGAGCUGUCCAGCCCUAAACUGAAUACAGGAGUGAAUUUAGGCCCUCCCCAACCCAUUAAACCAAGCCCUUCUUGUCCUAAGGUGACGACAGACAUAAACGACCUGGACAAGGACGAGGUGAACAUAAUCUCGGGGGCUCUGGAGCUCCGCAAGAAGACCGUGUCGGACGUGAUGACGAAGCUGGAGGACGCUUUCAUGCUGCCUAUCACCAGUGUUCUCGACUUCGAGACCAUGUCGGAGAUCAUCAAAUCAGGUUACUCCCGCAUCCCGGUGUACGAGGGAAGCCGCGGCAACAUCGUCACGGUGCUCUUCAUCAAGGACCUGGCCUUCGUCGACCCUGACGACAACACCCCGCUGAAGACGCUCUGCCAGUACUACCAGAACCCGUGCAAUUUCGUCUUCGAGGAUGUGACGCUCGACGUCAUGUUCAAACAGUUUAAGGAAGGACACAAAGGACACAUGGCGUUCGUACAUCGCAUCAAUAACGAAGGGGAAGGUGACCCGUUCUACGAAACGAUAGGCUUGGUCACCUUGGAGGACGUCAUAGAAGAGAUGAUCCAGGCGGAAUUCGUGGAUGAGACUGAUGUAUUCAUGGAUAACCGUACGAAAAGGCGCAGGAACCGUCCGCAAAACAAGUUGCAGGACUUCGCCGCGUUCGCCGAACGCCACGAGAACCAACGCAUACACAUAUCGCCACAGCUCACGCUCGCCACCUUCCAGUUCUUAAGUACCAGCGUGGACGCGUUCAAGCCGGACACGGUCUCGGAGACGGUGCUGCGGCGGCUUCUGAAGCAGGACGUGAUCCAGCACAUCAAGGUCAAGAACAAGAGCAAGCGGGAUCCCGCCACCUACGUGUACCAGCAGGGCAAGCCGGUGGACUACUUCGUGCUGAUCCUAGAGGGUCGCGUGGAGGUGACGGUGGGCCGCGAGAACCUCGUCUUCGAAGCUGGACCCUUCACGUACUUCGGAGUGCAGGCGUUGACCCAAAACAUUGGCGUUGCCGAGUCCCCGACCCCAUCAGCGAUGGGUUCCCUCCAGAACAUCAACAUGGACUCCAUGCUGCGUCACACCUUCGUACCAGAUUACUCGGUGCGAGCGAUCACGGAGCUCUAUUAUCUCACCGUUAAACGCUCGCUGUACUUGGCGGCGAAGCGAGCCACUCUAAUGGAGAAAGGCGCCCUAUCAAAGGGCGCAACGAACGAACAAUUCGACACGGAGGUCGAUAAGCCUGAAUCAACUCCUAAUAAUCUAAUAGAACUGAUGCAAAUAUCCAAACCUAAAUACGACUCGUCCGUUGCACUAGUAAACAUUGUAUGUGACAAAUGUUCGACAAACACGCGUUCUAGCCAAUGUUUUGACAAGCCGUGCACUUGUUGGCCGAAUGUUGACAGUGUGAGAUCUAUCGCGGACAGUAAGAAGGAAAGUUUGCCGAACACAACCGGGUCCGUGUCGAAUAUGUUGGCUGACGUACAAACGAACGAUGACGUUGUUCCGAGUACCAGUUUCGACGCAAACAAUUGUGCGGAAUGUUUGGAGAAUAAUUUUUGGACGAAAUCCGUUGUGGAUGACAAAAAGAAAGUGGAAAAGGGUUAG